AUCAUAAUUACCGCCCAAGUAGUGUGUGUCUUACUCUUCUUUACUUCACUUUACUUCACUACUACUUAAGUAUCUGGAUCUCCCACCUUCCCCCGGUUACUUCUCUCUUCUACAAACUCCUCACACUUACCUUCGUUUCUACACUCAGCAAGCAACAGCGUCUUUGCACCUGCUGAUUCAUCUCCCACUUUCGCUUUUCAGUACCUCACUCACAGUCGUUAACCUCAAUCUUAGCGAUCACAACAGCUAUCAUCAUGUAUUUCAAGUAUGCUGCUGCUGCUGCGCUCUCUGCAGUGGUUCCCCUGUGCACUGCGCAGACCUACACCGACUGUAACCCUCUGGAGAAGACCUGCCCUGCUGAUACAGCUCUGAGCUCUUCCACCUUCACAUCCGACUUCACCCAGGGCGAAUCUUCCUUCGCUGGAUGGACUGCUACUGCCAACAACGUCACCUUCGAUGAGAACGGUGCUGCGUUCACCAUCAACCAAAGAGGCCAGGCCCCCACCAUCCAGACCAACUUCUACUUCUUCUUCGGCAGAGCCGAGGUUGUCAUGAAGGCUGCCAGCGGCACUGGUAUCGUUAGCAGCAUUGUCUUGGAGUCGGACGACUUGGAUGAGGUCGACUGGGAAGCUCUGGGCGGUGACACUACCCAGGUUGAGACCAACUACUUCGGCAAGGGUGACACUACCACCUAUGACCGCGCCACCUGGGUUGAAAUCUCUUCGCCUCAGGAGAAUUGGCACACUUACACCGUCGACUGGACCGAGACUGCUCUUAAGUGGUACGUCGACGGUAACCUGGUCCGCACUCUGGCCUACAACGACGCCUCUAGCGGCACUCGCUUCCCCCAGACGCCCAUGAACCUGAGAAUUGGUAUUUGGGCUGGUGGUGACUCCGACAAUGCUGCCGGCACCAUCGAAUGGGCCGGAGGUGAGACCGACUACAGCAAGGUUCCCUUCACCAUGUACGUCAAGUCUGUUUCGAUCACCAACAACAACCCGGGCUGCAGCUACACCUACGGUGAUAAGACCGGCAGCUACAGCAGCAUUGUCGUGAACAAGGACGGUUGCGAAGUCACCGGCGGCUCUUCUUCCUCUGCUGUUGCCUCAUCUUCCACUGCCUCCACCCUUGCCUCUUCUGCUUCUUCUGCCUCGGGUGCUGCUGGUUCCUCCACGGGAUCUCCUACUGGUGCCUCCGUCAGUGCUAGCGCUACCGGUGGUGUCAUCGGCAACAGCGCUGGAGUUGGCGCUCUCGUCUCCGCCGCUGCUGCUUCCACCCCUGCCGCUGCCGCCACCAGUGGUGUGAUUGGUGGUGGUGUGGGUGGUGCUGCCGCCUCCUCUUCCGCCGCCGCCGCUGCUGCUUCCUCUUCCGCUGCGGCUGCCGCCUCCCCCUCCGCCAGCGGUCUUUUCACCGGUGCCGCCUCCACCGUCAGCACUUCGGUCGGUGCCAUGCUUCUCGGUGUCUUCUGUGCUAUGCUGUGCCUGUAAGAUCUUUUCCUCGAUGGAAAUGAUUUUACGUUUCGUCCCGGCAUAGUCAUGAGUCAUCAUCCUCCCCCCACCCAUUAUCUUUUUGCUUAAUCAUCUUCGCUGCAUAACCUUUUUACACUUUUUAUUCCCGAACCUGUACUUGUACGGUUUGUACAUAACUUGAGCUGGGUUGCUUGGAGAAACAAGAUCGAGGAAAGGACAGGGACAUGGAAGCGCUGCACUGUUUGGUUUCUGUUACUUUUGGUUCUAUUAUUUUUUCCCCGACAAUUGAGAACCGGAAGUCUAGAAUAGACAGUUGAGGAAAUUUUGUGUCUGGUUUAUUUCUUUGGACUUGUGACGAGGAGAGGAACGGGAUGACCCCAACCUCAUUUCUUGCACACAUUUCUCGGCGAUGCGCUCUUUUGCUCGUGCAGAGUUAUUUUCUUAGCCACUCAUCCGGAAUUGUCUUUUUUGCUGG